UUCCGUCUCUUCGCUCUCUGUUUCUCUCGAUUUCUGUACAGAUUCAGUAAAAAAAAAGUUCAUCGAUUUUCUUCCGGAGAUGGAUGUUAUGGAGACUUGUGGUAGAUUAUAUAUUCAAAAAGCUCAAUUUUCUGUAAUACUGGGGAAAACCCAUUUUAAUAUUAAUAGAUUUCCUAAAAAUCGACUUGGGUUUUCUAAUUUGAGUUACAGAAAACCUAAAAACAAUGUCUGUUGUUGUAGUAGUAGUAAUGUGGAUGAAGUUUUUUCUGUUACAUCUUCAAGUAAGUCUGAUGUUGAUUAUCUUGGUGAGAGUACAAAAGGGGAUUUUAAUGUCAAGAAAGAACAAUUAGAAGCCUUCGGUAUUGAUGGUCAAGAAACCUUAAUAGGUCCAAUUGAGGAGAUAGCUAGGAUGGAAGCUAAAGAAGCUGAACAGUUGCUUGGUGACUUGGGAAUCCAGGAUCCCUUCUCAACGAGACAGUCGCCGCGUGGCAUAUUUUGUACCCGGACUUUAAACCUUCGAUCAAUAAGUGCUAUUGGUUACGACAUGGAUUAUACGUUGAUUCAUUACAAUGUGAAGGCUUGGGAAGGACGGGCAUAUGAGUACUGUCUGGACAACCUUAGGAGCAUGGGUUAUCCAGUUGAUGGCUUGGAGUUUGAUCCUGAUUUGGUUAUUAGAGGACUUGUAUUGGACAAAGAGAGAGGCAAUUUGGUCAAGGCUGAUCGGUUUGGUUAUGUGAAGAGGGCUAUGCAUGGCACCAAAAUGCUAUCUACACGAUCUGUAAGUGAGAUAUAUGGGAGGGAACUGGUUGAUCUAAGGAACGAGAGUAGAUGGGAGUUCCUUAAUACACUUUUCUCUGUAUCAGAAGCUGUGGCAUUUAUGCAGAUGGUCGACAGAUUUGACGGCGGAGCAAUACCAUCAGAACUUGGUUCUCUUGAUUAUAAAGGAAUUUACAAGGCCGUUGGAAAGGCCCUUUUUAGAGCACAUGUAGAAGGUCAGCUUAAGAGUGAGAUAAUGUCUAAGCCUGAAUGUUUUGUAGAGCCUGAUCCAGAACUUCCAUUGGCACUUUUGGAUCAAAAAGAGGCUGGUAAGCAGUUGGUACUUAUUACAAACUCAGAUUAUCAUUAUACAGACACAAUGAUGAAACAUUCCUUCAAUAGAUUUCUACCCAAUGAUAUGGGCUGGCGAGAUCUUUUUGACAUGGUUAUAGUCUCAGCAAGAAAACCAGAGUUCUUUCAAAUGGCGCACCCUAUGUAUGAGGUUGUCACUGAGGAGGGUUUAAUGCGCCCUUGCUUCAAGACCCGACCAGGGGGUUUGUACUCAGGUGGAAGUGCUCAAAUGGUUGAGAGUUCCCUGAAAGUCCAAGGAGAUGAAAUAUUAUAUGUUGGUGACCAUAUUUAUACAGAUGUCAGCCAAUCAAAAGUUCAUCUGAGAUGGAGGACUGCGCUAGUUUGUCGAGAAUUAGAGGAAGAGUAUACUGCCUUGAUUAGUAGUCGUGGUCAACGAGCAGCGCUGGUAGAACUUAUAAAUCAAAAGGAAUUAGUAGGUGACCUAUUUAAUCAACUCCGCCUUGCUUUGCAAAGGCGAACUAAAGGUCGUCCAGCUCAGACUCUAGCCGCAACUAAUAUGGAUGAUCAAGAACUCACAGAAAGCAUGCAAAAGCUACUAAUUGUCAUGCAAAGAUUAGAUGAAAAAAUAGCUCCGAUGUUAGAAGCCGAUGGAGAGCACUUCAACAAAAGGUGGGGUUAUCUUUCCCGUGCAGGUCUAUGGGACAAAAGCCACUUGACAAGGCAAAUUGAGAAGUACGCCGAUAUAUAUACUUCAAGAGUUUCAAAUUUCCUACAUUAUACGCCAUUCAUGUACUUUCGCUCUCAGGAGCAGACGCUUGCCCAUGAUUCCUACUCCUAUAACUCCGCUAAUGUCAAUGGAUCUGCAGCCGAUAAUCUUAAUGGGUCACCUUCCUUGUAGGUAAGCUAGAUUAUGUGUAGUUAGAGAUGAUGACAAGACGAUAAUGUAGCAUAUAUAUCCUGAUCAAACGAAAGUUGAGUUGAUUGCAAUUUUGGUUACAUUUAUUUGUAUUUUCAAUCUUAACGCCAUUAGACCUUUGAAUAUUCAAUCACUGGCUCUUUUCCCCCCAAAUUAUGCAGAACAAGUUGAGAGCUGAAAGUA